AUGAAUCUACUAAGAAGAAAUAUUUAUAACAGUUUUAUAUUAAAAAAUACGAAAAUAAAAGUAGGUUAUAAUAAGGUUCACUUUUUUUUUCACACGGUGGAUGAAAAAAUAAAUUCCAUAAAAGAAAAUGAAGAAGCAUAUAAUUUUGAAGAUACUAUUAUUAGACGUAUAAAUAAAAUGAAUAAUACAGCAUUAGUAUUUACUUGUGAAAAUAUAAAUAAAAAAAAAAUAAAUAAUCCAUAUAUAUGGGAAUUAGUUUAUAAUAGAAUAAAUGAAAUUCAUCAUUCUUUUUCUUUAACAGAAAUUAUUGUCUUAUUUCAUGCUUAUUGCAAUAGUAUAUCAUUUAAUAUUAAUAUAAUGGAUUCAUUAAUUAAUUUUCUUUGGAAUAUAUUAGAAAAUAAAAUAAAUGAAGUUGAAGAUUUAUCUUCUUUACUAGCUCUAUAUGUUUGUGCUGAAAAAACAAAAAAUGUAACAAAACGUGAACAUAUUAGUAAUUUAAUAUUACAAAGAUAUAUUAUAUUAUUAGAACAAGGGAAAAUUUUUAAUAUGAACGAAACACGAUUAUCAAUUUUUUUAAAAAUAUUAUGUUCUCAUAAUAAGAAUAUAAUACAAGUUGAUAAAAAAUAUAUUAUGCAAUUUAGUAAUGACAUGCCAAAAAUGAAUAUAAAAAACAUAAACACGUUGAUGCUAUGUUUACAUUUUUUUAUAAAAUAUAAAAUAUAUGACGAAUCAUUCAUUAUUUUAUUAAAACAAAUACAAAAAUUAUUAAUUUUUAAAAAAGAAAUUAAUGUAAAUGUUAUAUUAAAAUAUUUUUCUUUUAUAUCAAAUUUAAGAAAUCCUUAUGCCUUACAAGAAAUUAAAAAUGUACUGUCAAUAAUUUAUUUGUCAAAAUAUGAAAUUAUUGGGGCAUAA